UCUGUGAGCUCCUCCAUCAUCACUGUUUCUGUGUGAGGCAGCAGCUCCGGAGCUUUCAGCCAUUUUCUCCUCAGCCUCCUCUCAGUCCGGAUCCUCAGGGUGUGAACCGGCUCCGUGUCCGACCCGGGUCUGACUGCAGGUGUGAACGGACCGGCCGGGACCCGGGUUACCUUCCUCCAUCAGCUCCACAUGUGACAGCGGUGAUGCAGACAGCUCGUGGACUCCACACCGACAACACACCGUGAAGCAUCAUGGGAGGUGGCAGAUGGAGGAGCCGGCCGUGGGCCGACCAGAGCCUGUGACACACACACACACACACACACACACAAAUCAUGGAACAAGGCUUCAGCUUAAACACGCUGAAGAAGCUGGCGGCAGAGCCAGACUACACCGAUGUGUCGCUGACGGCGGCGGAGCGAGUGCGGGCGCUAGGGAAGAUGGGAUGCAGCGUGGAGAUCAACGAAGACAUCGCACCGAGGCGCUACUUCCGCUCCGGAGUGGAGAUGGAGCGCAUGGCGGCGGUCUACUUGGAGGAGGGCAGCCUGGAGAAUGCCUACGUCCUCUACACCAAGUUCAUCACUCUGUUUGUAGAGAAGCUGCCGACGCACAGAGACUACCAGCAAUGCAGCGUCCCCGAGAAACAGCUCAUCAUGAAGAAACUUCAGGAAGUUGCGUUUCCUCGUAAAGACGAGUUGAAGAAACGUCUUCAGGAGAAAUACAGCAGGGAACACACCGAGUACCUCAGAGCACAGAGCCAGGCGGCAGCGGUGGUGGUGGAUGGGUGUAGCCAGCAGCUGCAGAGACUCUCCCUAUUGGGUGAGGACAGGAGGCGGUACGUGCUGUUGGAGGAGGAGCGUCAGCGUGUCGCCGCCCUGCGACGCAUGCAGAUUGAAUCAGAACAGUUUCGUUACUUCGAGGACCAGCUGAGGCGUCAGGAACUGGCCAAUAGGAGAGGAGAGGAGGCGGGGCUGAAAGUUCAGACCAAAGUGCCUGAAGUGACAGACGGCUCCUGUCUGUCCCAGCAACCAAUCAGAGACAGUGUUCGAUCCCAGGGGGCGGAUCCUAACCGGAACAGACCGCUAGCUCCUAUCAGCCAACCAGCCGCCACGCUGGCUGGAGUACACACCCACAGGGUGGAGGGUCUGCGGCGGGUGGUGGUUCCCAGAGAUCUGACAUAUCGUUUCCUCCUGCUGGCCGACUCCAACACCGCCAGAGGAAUAGAGACAUGUGGAGUCCUCUGUGGACGACUGACGCACAACGAGUUCCUGCUGACUCACGUGGUCAUCCCCAAACAGUCGGCCGGGCCGGAUUUCUGUGACAUGGAGAACGUGGAGGAACUCUUCAGUUUCCAGGACCAACAGAACCUGCUGACGCUCGGCUGGAUUCAUACUCAUCCCACUCAGACGGCCUUCCUUUCCAGUGUCGACCUACACACUCACUGUUCUUAUCAGCUGAUGCUGCCAGAGGCCGUUGCCAUCGUCUGCGCCCCCAAACACAACGACACCGGUGUGUUCAGGCUGAGCGGUCCGGGGAUGUUGGAAGUUUCCGGCUGCAGACUCAAAGGUUUUCAUCCUCACUCCAAGGAUCCUCCUCUCUUCACUGUGUGUAAACACGUGGAGGUGAGGGACUCAAAGAUCAGCCUGCUGGACCUCAGGUGACAGACAGGAGGCGGCGUUCGUUUUUAAUGUCUGAAGAGGAGACUGUGAACACACUGCCAUUGUGUGUGUGUGUCUGUGUGUGUGUGCGUACAUGUGUGUGUGCGCGUGCAUUCGUGUGUGUGUGUUCAGUUUUUUGGGAGUUUUUUGUGAACUUUGUUUUUUGAAGUUUUAUUUGAGCCUCUGAAGCAGCUGCCGCCGUACAUAGAUAUGAAUCUAUAUUUUUGCGGUGUCCGUGUGGAUCAGUUUCUCCGACCCUGUGUGAUGUGACGAUGUGUGUUUUAAUAUUAACAGCAGAUAUGACGUGUGUGUGACAGCUGAAGUGACAGAGUGCCUUCUCAUCAAACACCCACAUCACGUCUGAGUCUGUCGUCGACAGCAGAAACAUUUAUCUGCUCUGUAAAUCACCGCUCCUGAAAGUCUGAAGGUAAAUGUUCUUUUAGUUCUGGUGCUCUUUGAUUACCUGCGGUGUCACACCAGCACGCUUUUGUCGUUUGAUGUGUAACAGUGGCGCUCUCUGGUUCUCUGCAAAGUGCAAAGGCGGAGUUAUACUUGUGCGUCAGCUCUAUGCAGAGUCUACGCCAUAGUCUACACCUCUGUGAGCAUUUAUACUUGUGCGGUGGUGUGUCUGUGUCACUCUGCAGUUACACCUCCAAACCACUAGUGGGCGGUGGGGUUUCUGUUAAGUGCUGUAAAGUUUAGUUGAUUCAAAACACACAUUAAACACAUUAAACACACAUUAAACAUGACUUAAUAGAGACAGUUUCAAACACAAGUACAUAAAUCAGCUUCACUGUAACUCGCAGCAUUCACAGACAAACACUUGUCUUUAUCUGGACACAUUUUCCCCACAAAUACAACAUGCUAACGUUAUUAGCACAAGCCUAUGGCAUUUUACAUUGUAUAAAUUAGCCUAGCAGCUAGCAGAGAUUUCCUCUGCUCAUAUUUCAGCCAGGAUAAAUCAAACAGUCUGUGGAGGCUUUAUUGUCUUCACAGUUUAUUGUUUUUUAUCUGUGAAAUUAAAGUAAAUAAAAGCUUUGUGUCCACUGAGGGAAAUGGUUUCAGCUUACAGAGACAGACAGGAGGUCUGCGUCACUGCGACGUGUAGUUACAUUUCUGGGAUGAGUGUCAGACUACGGCGUAGACUCUGUGUUGACACUGUGGAGCUCUCAUUCUCUGAUGUCACAUGGCGGCACUCACUCAUUCUCUGGAGACAGGGACACGCCCCUCCAGCUGCUGAGAUGAAACUUCAGAUAUUUUUAUGAAGGAAACAUUUUUAAACCACGUCGACAUGAAUUCAGAGCACAGACGUGAUUCAGUUGGAUUUUAAAUGAACCUGUUUUUAUGGGAAAUAUAAUUUAAACGUACAGACGCUGACUGUUUUGGGAUCAGGUCAGGUGCUGCGCCCCCUACAGGCAGGACCAGGAACUGAACUCUUAACACUGCAGUGUGAACAGAGCAGCUGGAUGAGAUUCAGUUUGUGCACCAGCAGAUGUGUGUGUGUGUGGGUUGUUUUUCAAAAUGCCAUUUUGUGGUAAUAAAACACAAACUGCUGCUCCAACA